AUGGCAAACUUAUUGGCAAGUCCUUCAGGAAAGCAUGCCGAUAAUAAACUGAUAGAUAACACACGUGACGCACUAACAGGGUUUCGACUAGGAAACCGACUUAUUGGGAAGGAGAUGAUUGAGUUUCAAAUGAGAGGGAGGAAGUUUAUUUCUCUUGAAAAGUUGCACAACGCAGACACGAGUCGUUUUCGGUUUGAUGAGGAAGAAUGGGUAACUGCUGGAGUUGUGCACAAGCGAGUCGAUUCGAGGUCUAAAAGUGGGAAAUCUGUAUUCUAUAUUCAGCUUACCGAUUUGAGAGAUUGUUAUGUCAAUGUAUUCCUUCAUGGAGAGUACAGUCAAUACAGCUCUAUUCCCGUUGGUGGCGUAGUCUAUCUGAUCAACGCCAACGUAGUACCUUCGAAAGACCAGAUACACAAAUUAGCUCUAUCCGUGCCCUCGAUUCAAUACAUCAAACACAUCGGGAAGGCAGUGGAUUAUGGCGUCUGCCUAGGAAUCCAGCGAGACGGAAAGAAGUGUGGCAACGCUGUGAACAAAGAGGUCAGCCAGUAUUGCAUGUACCAUAUUCAUCUCUCUCAAGCGAAAAUCAACGCCAUGCGCUCCGCUUUGAGCGACGAAACCUUCUCACUCACUAAUCCUCCCAAAAAUCUCUCCGACGGUUGCUUUCAGGUAGGGAAGGAGGUCAUCGAUUGUCGUCCCCAAAAAGAGCUUCAAAUCAACUACUCCGCCCUUCCCCCCUCCCAUUCUGUGCUCGUAAACGGAGUUCCACUCAGUGGAUCGGCCGCGCGCCGAGCCCAACUCGCAGCCGAAGAAGAGAAGAAGAAAAAAGAAGCGGCGCUGACGAAGCAGAAAGUGCGGAGCAGCCAAGACAUCCUGAAUCAACUCUUCGUUCCGCAAUUGGGCCGAGGAAGCAACGGAAAAACGGUCGAUCUCGGAGAAGAAGAAGAAGAAGAAAAGCAGCGCGAGACGCGACGAUUGGAGAAGAUUCAUCGCGUGAAACGGCAGCUCGAAGAGGCAGCGAAGUCAACGCAGACGUCGAAACGAGAGCGAUCGUCUCUCGCAGCGUCGACAGGGAAUAGCGUGUUCGAUUCGUUGAUGAAGUCCGCGCAGUCCUCUCUGGAGACGGCGAAAUCGGAAGUGCUGGCGAAGGAAAGCGCUUACGCAGAGAAAGAAAAACGCGAUAGACUGCGAAUUCUGAAGGAGAAGGAAGCGAUGCUGGAGAGACAGGAGGAAGCGCGUCUGCAGCUGAUGUCUGUUGAAGUGACUUGCUUUUAUUGUUAUAACUGCAAAAUGUUUUUGGAUACGCCGCUGCUGAGGGAGUUUUGCGAGAAUCAGGGGCACUAUGUGGAGAGAAAACGCGAUGUGAAACGGAUGUUUGAGUGCAUGACGUGCCAUAGAAGAAGGAGUUUUAUUGGAACGACUCAACCAGGGAAGGCUUGUUUAUGUGGGUCCGUGAAUCAGAAAAGCUGA